AUGCUUUCCUUCACGGUUAUUUGGAGGAAGCGGUUAUACGGUCUUCGACUGGCUCCACGCUGUUGGUCUGAGAAGCUUGCUAUGGCUUUGCGUACAUUUGAGUUCAAGCAAAGCUAUCCUGAUAAUUCACUCUUCUUCUUUGUGAAAAAUGGCAUCAUUCUCCAUGUUAUUGUUUACGUCAAUGACUUCAUUGUGGCUGAUCUCGCCAAGCUUAAGUAUUUCUUUGGUAUUGAGGUUUCUCUUGGGCCUGAUGGUAUUUUCCUCUCCCAACGUAAGUAUUCUCAAGACAUCAUUACCGAGGCUGGACUUCGUGGGGCCAAGAAAUUUGCUACUCCGGUUAAACCUAAUCACAACCUCACCUUUGCUAAAGGUCUCUUCAUGCAGACACCUCUUCUUCCUCAUUGGGAAGCUGCCAUUCGCGUGGUUCAAUAUCUUAAGGGUUGUCCUGUGCAGGGUAUUUUACUUCGUUCGGAUAGUGCCGUCUCUUUGAUUGCUUAUUGUGAUUCCGAUGGAAUGCUUGUCUCCUUACUCGACGGUCUCUUAGCGCCUAGUUGGACUUUCUAG